AUGGAUCUUCACGAAGCUUCAUGGAAAGGCAGCAUCGAUGAUAUAGAGUCUGCGAUUGACGAAGGCUGCGAUGUCAAUGCCCCUGGCAGAGAUGGGAAGACGCCUCUCUGGCUCGCCGUACAAAAAGGCCAUUCAGAUGCAUGCAAUAUUCUUCUUGCUCGAGGAGCUCGCGUGGAAGAGGAAAGAUCCAGCAUUCUUGAACUCGCCGUUCAGAGAGAGCAUACCGAGAUUGUCAGACAGCUGUGGCCACACUGCAAAGCGGAAAGACAACAUCGCUGUUUAGAAAUUGCUAUCUCAUUGGGCUUCCAUGAAAUCGCAGAUUUCUUGCUCGGAACUCCAGCGUUCGAGUACCAGCACUGCCAAGCCGGUGACAUUGAAAAGCUCGUAAAAGACGGAUUCCCAAGACGAGGAUCUGCAGCUUUUCAGCAAUGGGAGAGAUUUAUUUUCGUUCGGCGCUUGGAGAAGCUCAAUUUACAUCACGUCUUUUUUGACUAUGCCCUUCUACUCGCAACGAAGGCCGAUCGCAACGCAGGGCUUCGACUGGAGGAAACUGAAACACCCUUGACAAAUGCGGCUGAGAAAGGCAACCUGGAAGUACUGGGUAGUUUGAUUGAGCGCCCUGACAUACAUUUGACGAUUUGUGGCAAAUAUAACUGGCCUGCCUUUCUCCAUCUGCUGGCGAGUUCCGAGUCUAUCGCCUCUGAACAAGGCUGGACCAUAGCGCGAGCUUUAUCCAAGAAUCUUCCUGACUCGUUCAUGAUUGACAGCAAGGGAACUCGUUUGGAGACUGUUUUCAAAAAUGUCCUUCGGCUGGGUGACGAUGCUCUUGUCAAGCAGGUGAUCGACCUCGUUCGCGGCGCUGCGGGAAUUUUCAUCCUGCCUCUAUUAAUCCGAGCGAAUGAUACCCAUGGUCUUAGUUGGAUUUUGAAUAGUGAUAUAGCACACGCCGCUAAACCUCCGCCAAUACUUUGGGUGUUGCUUUGCAACUUUUUCCAACGCAAUCCAAGCUCAGAAGCCCUGAAAACCUUUGUUCGAGUGGCACAAUUCCUGGUAGAAAGGACGAUCUGGGACCGGAAUAUACUGGUGUGCCUCAAUUCACGCAACCUCUGUUUUGUUCAGCACCUUUUCUACCCUCUCAAUGAGAUCCCACCCAGGGAGGUGGCAGAAGAAACAUUGGCGGGGCUUUCUCAGGCGCUUACCGAUCAAUCCCUCGUAGAGGAGUGGGUUGACAAAGGCUUUGCUAACGCAGCACUGUGGAGCGCCAUUCUAUCCGGGGUUUGGAAGAGUCCAGCGUUUGAAAGCCUCCUUUCAUGCCCCGGUAUCAACCUGGAGGAACCAUUCCCGCGCAAAGAGAGGUCAGAGUGGGGAGAAGCAAAUGACCCUUCAUCUCCAUUCUCUGGCAUUUCAGCUGGCAAUUCAGCUGGCGAAAAACGAAGAUUUCCUUUCAGACCACCUGCUGGGGAGUUCCAAACAGAUACGCCGAAGAGCAAUGCCCUCCAAGACUAUCAAAUGCAGCUCAUGUUCCUGGAGCAACAGAACAAGAGGCGAUUAAUGAUGGCCCGAGAGGAACAAAUGGAAGUGUCAAUGGGAAAAUGCCUUGUGGCUGGGACAGGAGGGAAAAGCCCUCUGGCCUGGGCCGUGGCAAAUCGUAAUACCCAGCUUGUGGACGCUCUUCUGCGCGGUUCGCGCGUCAAUGUCAACUCCCAGGACGCCCGUAAACAAAACCUUCUCAUGCACGCCAUUGCCGUCAAUGAUUGGCAAACUGUGCAAAAGCUCUUGAAAAUCGAAGAUAUUGACCUUAAUUUGCGGGACGACCAAGGUAGAACCGCUAUUUUCCACGCCGCACAAAGAGAAGACGUGCAUAUCAUUCAAUUGCUCACGGGGACUCAAAAGGUGGACUUUUCCAUUAGGGGUUGCAAUGGUGAAAGUGUCCAGGAUAUUGCGAGAAAAAUUGGGAAGCGAGAUGUCAUGGCUGCCCUUGCCACUUGA